UAACAAUGAAAAUAAUGUUUUAAAAAUUCAAAUUAUAUUUUCUUUAUGAAAAUGGCAUCUGCAAGUAGUACAAGUGCCCGUUCUUUAUUUGCAGAUUCCAAAUCACGCUUGGCUGAACGAGUUAAAGUAAAUGUGAAUAAUAUCGCAUCAUUAACAAGGCAAAUUAAUCGAGGAUCGAAAAGUAAUGAGAUGUUAAUGCAUUCUGCACGUAAUUUUGCAUUACAAGAAAAUGCAAUCGCAAAUUCUGAAAAUAAUUUAAGGAAUUUACAUUUAAUUACUGUUCAUCUUGGAUAUCAGCAAGAUGCUAUGUUAAAUUCAGCGCAACAACUUGAAGAAGUUAAAGAACAAGUUCGAGCUAUGCAACGCUAACUAUUAAAAAUUUAAUUCCUUGAAAAAGACUGUAUACUUAUUUGGGAAGUUUGUUAGAAAAUGUUUAAUCUACUAAACCUGUUUUGAAUAAUUCAUAGUUGAAUCUGGUAAAAGUAAAAUUGCAAUUUCAUUUCAUCUCAUUUAUUAUGCCACAAAUAAAAUAAAUAUAUGACUGGAUCUCGAUUAUAAAUAAUUUCCGAGUUUUUCCUAAUUUUUAA